GCGACAUAAAGUCUCCUUAAGCGGACACUGAGUGCGGAUAAACCUUAUCAACACUCCUUCUCAGAUAAAUAAACCGCCUGUUCACACAAUCCCAUUCAGAAAGGAGACUGUUUCCACAUUCCGCACAGAGGAGAUACGCCCUUGGAUCUGCAGGAGGAUCAGGAGGAGAGCUACAGCCCAAGGAGUUGAUGGGAUACAGAGAGAAGACACAGAGUGUGACUGAACCCUCCAUCAUGGGAGUCUCAGAGAGCGACAGGCUGCAGACAUGAUCAAGACAGUAGCGAAACCUUCACUGGAGCAUCUGUUUUCUCUCCUGCAGAGGACUGCCGCUCCCCAGUGAUCCCUGUCGCCAUGCCAACUUUUACAGUCCUCAAAGCAAACAGGAGUCCUCAGAGAAGCUGCUGAGUUUACCACCAUAUAUCAGCUUCCAUCUUGCUCCGUGGGACAGACUGGGAGGCAGAGAUGGUUCUCCAGUGGUACCUUCUUGUGAUUUUUACCUUGCUGUUGCUGACCGGACCAGUUCGUGGAUGUGUUUGUCCAGCAGCUACUGUUUUGUCCCAGUUUCCCUCAGAGAUUCCUGCUGAUGCCUGUUGCUUGAACUUCUCCAGCUCUACCUUCAGUCAUGUGCACUGGGCUGUGUUUAGCAAUGGGACCAAUGUACAGAUUCUGGAUCUCUCCAACUGUAACAUCAGCUUUAUUUAUAUUAGUGGUAAACAAGCUUCUGCACUGCAGAGAGUUUAUUUAGAUCAUAACAAACUGAGAGCGUUGCCAAAGCAGUUCCUGGCAGGCCAGCCUAGUCUUACCGAGGUGGACCUAAGUGAGAACCUCCUUCAGGAGCUUCCCCAAGGCUUUCUACAGGACUCUGAUAGUCUCCAGAAGCUGGAUCUGCAGGGGAACCAACUACAUUCCCUUCCUGAUGAUGUAUUUCAGAUACCUAGUCUUCAGAGACUAGAUCUGGAUGGGAACCUCUGGGAAUGCUCCUGUUUGCUACUGGAAGGGCUGGAGGCAGGCAGGCAGGCUAACAGGACCACCAGACUGGAGGAUCUCGUGGGGAACUUGACGUGCUACUCACCUAGACACCUGGUCCGGAGGACCGUGUGGUCGCUGAAGAUCAGUGACAUUUGUCGCCCAGCCGGCCUUACAGCGCUCUUCAUCGUGCUGCCCUUGCUCAUCCUUUCUGCCUUGCUGCUCUGCUGGUGCUGUGGAAGGAAGAGGAAGAAAAAGGAAACAUCUGCUUUCAGCUCCUCCAAAAAGAGGACUCCCAACUUUGGUUACAACAACUAUAAACACGACAACAAACAGCAGCCUUCAGGUGCCGAGCAGGGCAGAGCUGACCGUGGGAAAGAGGGGAUCCUAAACAACCAGCUGCUUCUUCGACCGGCUUCGGCGCUCCUUGGUAGCACUCGGGACAUCUACGAGGAGGUGGAGAUCAAGCUUAGCCCAGUGGAGUCUCUUCCCCGAGUCUCCUGCUCUAGCUCCACAGAGAGAAGGCAAGGUUCCCAGGAGCCCGACGAGGCCAGCAAGACAGAGCUGGACACGGUCAGUGUGACAGAAGUGAUGAAGGACUCGGCUGACAGGGAGAAGGCUUAUAUGACUCAGUCCACUGAGUACUACAGCCUGGUGCCGGGUAUCGAUCUGGAGGACUCUGACCAUGGGGAGUAUGAGAACGUAAAUCUGUCAUGACACUGUCGAAAAGAAGAGUUAAACAUUUUGAAGAGAUAUGUUUAAGUUUACAUAUGACUUGCAAUCAUCAUGAGCAUCAAUGUCAGAAAUAAUUGUAGACUUCUAAAAAUAUUUUUCACCUGUUCUUUUUCCAGACUCAAAUACAUUCAUACACGUCUAACUAAUCUUUGGAUACUUUUUUGUGUUUAUCUUGAUCACACUUUAGCAUCUUUAUCACUUUGUAGAAAUUUCUAAUACGCUGCUUAGUUUCUUGGUACAGAAAUGUAUGGUAGCAAACUUGCCACAUUAGAGUUUUAAGUCCUUGAAUUCAUAAAAGAUGUAUGCAAUGAUAUGUGAAAAAACAAAAUUCUUACAACUCAUCUUCUUAAAUUUGUUGACAAGAAAUGUGUUUGAAAAAGUCUAUGUGAGGCUUUCAAAUACAACAAAACCAUCAACAGUGACUUUAAUAGUGACACUAGUGUAUUACAUAAAGUAUAUGAAAUAAUGA